AUGCUGAAUGGCCAUCCCGUGUGCCGCCGAGGUGGCGGCUUGAUGCCGAAGGCCCGACGCUUCUUGUCCAUUUGUCUGGGAGGAACCCUGUUGCUGUCCGGGCUAAAAGGCAUCGAAGGCUCUUUUGAAGACGGGCUGCGGCUCCGAGGAGUGGAGGGAAAUUCUGAAGACCCAUCAUCUCCGGCGACAGUCGCCACCUGCCAACUGCAGGGCGACAGCCCACUUGACAAAACCGAGUUGACUCUGUCGAAGGAGAGCCCUACAGUUACAGUGCAUUGUAAAGACGAACCGUUCGAAUUCGUUCCGCAAAAAAAUACCGAGGUUUGUGUUCCAGAAGAGGAGGGAGCUACUCUCAAGGACUGCAAGGAAAAUUCGGGGAAAGGCACCAGCAUGGCGGUGCCCUUGGAAAAUCUCCUCGGAACGAAAGGCCCAAUCCAGUGGAGCGGGAACGGCGUCGCCGACAAAGUCGGCAACAAGGAGCGAACUCUCAAACUAGACGAGUCACAGCUGCCCUUUGCGGACAAGUCAUUCUUUGUCGGUUGCCUGAACACCCCGGAAGAGGAGCCCGAAGAAUGCAAAGUUAAAGUUAGUGUGCUUGCGAGAGAGUCGUCUGUUAAAGAUAACGUCGUCACAUGCGCCUACGGUGCAGACAGUAACAAGGCCAGUCCACUAAAAGUAGAUCUCACAGAGGCUAACAGCACGCUGGAGCUCUUUUGCGGGACAGAAGGGAUGGUACAGCCUGAGUAUUACACAUCUAAAUUCUGCAACGAGGAACCCAUGACGAACUGCGACAAGUUGUACAAGGACAUUCUCCCGGGUUUCGAAACGACUUGGUGGACGAAAGCAAAUGGCGGGAACGAGUCGGUGAAGCUGACGGUUUCCGCAUCGGGAUUUCCUUCGGAGGACCAGUCAUUUUACAUCGGAUGCUCUCUCAGGACCAUACAGACGACUCCCGGAGUACCUUUAAGGUCUCCUCCUGUAGCCACACCUGCGGCAAGUUCUUCCCGCUGCAAACUAUUGGUGACAGUGAAGGCUGCCACCUCUGAUGCGUCUGCAGUUCCGCCCGCCGGCGCUGCUGCCACAGCUUCUGGUAUCGUCGUUCUGACCGGAAUAUUCGCUGGUACCAUGUGA